AUGUCUUGUUUAUCUACUCACCUUGUGACUGCUUCCGACAAGAAAACAUUAACUGAUGACUAUUACAAAUGGCACAAUAAAUUAUCUGGUCUACCAAGUCCAUUGACAGAUGAAAUUCGUUCCAGUUUAUAUAAAAGAUAUAAGAAAAAAACUGGGCUCGAUCCCUGGAUAAAGUCUGAAACUCCUGAAAAGACUGAUAAUCACCUUUCACAGGACUGUGUUAUCAAAAUUUCUAAGUUUCCGGAAGAGAAAAGUACAAUUCUUAAAGUAGUACAGAAACGAUUCCCUUUUUUGUCAUAUACUAAUUCGAAUGUGUGGCACCGAGAUGUUUUUAAAUAUACUGAUUCAGAAGCUAAAUGCCUGAUAUGUAAAGAGAGCUUACCGGAAAGUGUGUCGAACAAAUUUCGAGAAACGGAAUCUCGUUCACCAACUCAUCCAAACAAAAAUCGCCUUUAUCAGUAUGUCAUCGAACAUGGAAUAGAUUUCAAAAAAUUUUCAGUUAUUACAGAGGCCGAGAAAAAAAGGUGA